AUGAAGGAGCUGCAGCGUUUGAAUGGGACCUUGGUUUCCCCCAAGUGGAAGAACUUCAAAGGGUUGAAGUUAUUGUGUCGAGACAAAAUCCGACUCAACAAUGCCAUCUGGAGGGCUUGGUACAUUCAGUAUCUAGAGAAGAGGAAGAACCCCGUGUGCAAUUUUGUGACCCCCCUGGAUGGUUCUGUGGAUGUUCCUGAGGUAGACCAGGGUAGUAGUCGAACGAACGAGAAAUAUUGGAGGCGGCGGAUUGACAUAGUCAUCCGAGAAUAUCACAAGUGGCGAACUUACUUCAAGAAAAGAUUACAAAAGCACAAAGAUGAAGACCUGUCCAGUUUGGUCCAGGUAAACAUUAUUUUGACUAUCGUCCACAAGUCUUAAAAUGGCCAAGGUUGGACACCCCUCCCCAUGGAACUGGAAGAGUUCUUCACCACGGACGAUUACAUGUCGGGAUCUUCAGACACCCUGUUCUCUACGCUGUCCAGUCACCAGCUCCUCACCUGGCCGAAUCCGAAGGAGAGAGCACACAUGGGCAACGCUGACAUGAUCCAGCCGGGACUCUACCCUCUGCAGCCCAACUGGAUGGAGACUUUGGAAUUUUUCCCAGAUAUUUUUGCCUUUCCUGCCAGCCUGACACCCAGUGCCUCUUUGCCAGGGGCCACGGAACAUUGUGCCCAGACCUCCAGCCUCUCCUCGACCUCUUUACGCAGCCCGCUUCCGACGGUGAGCCUGGGGGAAGAGCUGGUGGCCCCACCGGGGCCUGACUCCAUCCUCUCCCCUGACCAGUGCCUGGGCCUGAGGAGCGAGGAGCCUUGCCUGCAGACCCCCGGCUUCCCCCCAGAGCUGCCCCUGACCGGCCAGCCCCACUUCCUGCCUCGCUUCCCGACUCUGGGGCUGCCUCUCCAGGGGGAGGUCCCUUCCCAACCGCCGCAGCAGACCCUCCUCUCCUUGAACCCGGACCUGGCCUUGCCGGUGCCCCUCUUCACCCCCGCCGAGGCUCCGAAGUUCGGGCCCGGCAAGCCUUCCGUCAUCACCCACACCGCCUCGGCCACCCCCACGCAGAACGUGCCGGCCACCACCUUCAGCCACGGCCCAGCGGGACUCUUGGCCACACUCCAGACGGCGGUGGUGCAUCCCCACGGCCUCCUGCAGCCGCCCACGCCCUUCGUCCUCCCCCUGGCGGGCCCGGGGCUGCGGCCCAGGAAACCCCAGCAGAUCGCGCCCGCCCCAGCGGAGCCCGUGCCUUUGAUGCUGAACAGUGCCUUCCUCUCUCCAGCACACAUGGGCAACGCUGACAUGAUCCAGCCGGGACUCUACCCUCUGCAGCCCAACUGGAUGGAGACUUUGGAAUUUUUCCCAGAUAUUUUUGCCUUUCCUGCCAGCCUGACACCCAGUGCCUCUUUGCCAGGGGCCACGGAACAUUGUGCCCAGACCUCCAGCCUCUCCGCGACCUCUUUACGCAGCCCGCUUCCGACGGUGAGCCUGGGGGAAGAGCUGGUGGCCCCUCCGGAGCCUGACUCCAUUCUCUCCCCUGACCAGUGCCUGGGCCUGAGGAGCGAGGAGCCUUGCCUGCAGACCCCUGGCUUCCCCCCAGAGCUGCCCCUGACCGGCCAGCCCCACUUCCUGCCUCGCUUCCCGACUCUGGGGCUGCCUCUCCAGGGGGAGGUCCCUUCCCAACCGCCGCAGCAGACCCUCCUCUCCUUGAACCCGGACCUGGCCUUGCCGGUGCCCCUCUUCACCCCCGCCGAGGCUCCGAAGUUCGGGCCCGGCAAGCCUUCCGUCAUCACCCACACCGCCUCGGCCACCCCCACGCAGAACGUGCCGGCCACCACCUUCAGCCACGGCCCGGCGGGACUCUUGGCCACACUCCAGACGGCGGUGGUGCACCCCCACGGCCUCCUGCAGCCGCCGACGCCCUUCGUCCUCCCCCUGGCGGGCCCGGGGCUGCGGCCCAGGAAACCCCAGCAGAUCGCGCCCGCCCCAGCGGAGCCCGUGCCUUUGAUGCUGAACAGUGCCUUCCUCUCCCCAGUCCGGGACUGCCAGCCGUCGAGACAGGCCUCCCCCCACCCGUCCGAGCAGGGCCUCGGCCCUCAGUCCCCGCAGAGCAGCCGCUCCAGGAAAGGCACCCCGGAGCCGCUUUUCAAGAGUCACAGAAUGAAGCAUAUCUCAGCGGAGCAGAAACGGAGAUUCAGUAUCAAGAUUGGCUUUGGCAACCUCAACAGCCUGGUCUCCCCAAACUCUAAAUCGAUCAGCCACGCCCUCACCCUCCAGAAGACCGUCGAGUACAUUGCCAAGCUGCAGCAGGAGCGCUUGCAAAUGCAGGGGGAAGCCCGGCGCCUUCGGGAAGAGACGGUCGAGCUGAACGCGGCCAUCAUUUCCUGCCAGCAACAGUUGCCUGCCACCGGGGUGCCCAUCACAAGGCAGCGGUUUGACCAGAUGAGGAACAUGUUUGAAGACUACAUCCAAAACCGGAGCCAGCAAAACUUGAAAUUCUGGAUUUUCAGCGUCCUCAUCCAGCCUCUGUUUGAAACCUUCAACGAGAUGGUGUCCACCACCAGCCUGCAGGAGCUGAACCGGACGGCCUUGAUGUGGCUGGACAAGCACUGCUCGCUCCCCGUCCUGAGGCCCAUGGUCCUGAACAGUCUCCGGCACUUAAGCACCACCACCUCCAUCCUCUCCGACCCGUCCCUCUUGCAGGAGCAAGCCAGCCAGGCCUUGGGCAAACUCCAGAAAACACCUGGGGAAACGUAACAGAAGAAGACACGCUCAACUCACGGCGGGCGUCCCGGACUCAACAGAGACUUGAUCAGCUUCCCCAGUCUGGGACUUCCUCCAGAGGUGUAGCAACAAGCUCCCCUUGUCUUUCUCAGCCCACCUGCUAGCCGAGAAUCCAAGGCUUGUAUUUCCCCACAGUGUGGAGGGCGUCCAGCUGUAGAAGGAGGCCUCCGAAGCUUCCUUGUGUUGACUCACCAUCAGGGACAAGAGGCAUCAUCCAACCGAGCGUUACGCUGGGGAGAGCAGAGAGUUGAGGUUCUCCAACGCUUUGGUCCAAUGUGAAAAUGCAACUCAGGGAAACUGUUUCCAGCAAUAGACGCCCCCUUCAAUGCAACCUCUCUCAAAUAUAUGCAGUAGGAAUCAGCUUUUUCUCCAACCUGACCUCAGUCGCAAGUGGUGCAGUGGU